UAUAAUUCCACGAGCACUCUAUACCGUUCAGUCCAACUGGAGUAAUCAAUACGUAAGAAGUAACUCAAAUGAAUUUGGGAGAAUUUAGUCAUACACAAGAACAAGAAUUUAAUUCGCAGUUUUCUUAUUCCCCUUUCUUUUUGGAUCCUACCAACAUCCCGCAAUAAGGAGGGUUUGCCCCACGCUUGAACAGUGAACCUGACACUUUCCACGAACAUUUAAUCGCUUGCUCUUCAUAAAACUCCUCAGGAUUACUUUGCACUCAUCGUGAAUCGGGAUAGCAGUUUACAAUCAAAGAUGUAUCGAAACUUUGGGAACUUGGGCCGAGGAGGCAGCGACUCUGGGUCCACCAACACCGGAUCGAGUGCUGUAUCCCAGGGCACCAGCACCUCAACUACUCAACAAGAUCAGAAGUUCACUGUGGCAGGUAGUAGCCAGUUUGUCCCCAGUCUCAAUGCCAUCACUUCCAACCAAGACCUCCAGUGGUUGGUCCAGCCCUCCUUCAUUGGUCCACCUGGCCCCUCGCGGCCUCCACGUCCUCUUUACUCACCUGCAGCAGGAAUGAGGUCCUUCAACCCUUCACCUUCCCAACCACACCUCUACAGACCAGGGGUCAUAAGGGCAGUGGCAAGAUCCGGGAGCACAACCAGACGCAGGAACGAUGAACAUUUGUCCCCAGAGGAGUUGGAGAGACGCAGAAUAAGGAGGGAGCGGAACAAACAGGCAGCUGCCAAGUGUCGUAACCGUCGACGGGAGCUGACAGACACGCUGCAAAUCGAGACAGAUGAGUUGGAAGGUAAAAAGUCCUGUCUGCAGAAAGAGAUUGCUGAACUACAGAAGGAGAAAGAAAAGCUAGAGUUGGUUCUAGAGGCCCACCGCCCCAUUUGCAAGAUCCAAGACUCUGACUCGGAUUCUGACCGGAGCUCAGAGCUUCCCUCAUUGGGAGGUAUCAAAAUUGAGCCUGAGCUUCCUGACCUACCAGGGAGCUCAGCAAAGAGCCAAUCAAGGAUAGAGAAGCCCAAACCCAAAAUUACUAUCCCUGUCCGUCCUGUGACCUCCUCUGCCUCUGCUGUCCCCAUGGAAUCUGAGUCCCUUCACACCCCAAUUCUUAUUUCUACUCCAUAUCUUACUCCUUUCACGGCUAGUCUGGUCUUCAGUUAUCCCUCUGGCUCUCUAGACUCCAGUUCCACUAUUUCAUCCCAGGCUCUACCGACUCUGUCAUCUUCCUCUCAACAUGGUGUGGCCCAGCAGUCUCGAAACCCCCAGCCUUGUAGUAUUGCCCAUCGCCGUAGCAGCAGCAGUGGGGACCAAUCAGAUCACUCCCUAAACUCCCCUACCAUCAUCACACUGUGAUUUAACUGGCUUCCUUGGUGGGAAAGACUGAGUGACAACACUGACGGUUAUGAAGAUGAUGACAAUUAUGACAUAGGUGACUUUAAUAACGACAGUAAUUAUACGCUAAAUGCAGCUGGUCUACUUCAUUUCAUCUGUGCCUACACUUUCCAAAUAGCCCCUACACACUAAAUGCACACAAAAGCUAAAAUACUGAUUCUCACAAAAGGCAUUAUCGUGAUGCGAAUGACUCCUAUUUAAAGGGUUGUAUUGUUAUACUUUUUUUGUUUUCACCGACGCAUAUAACUUCUGACAACCUAUAUUUGUUAUGCUCAAAACACAAGAUGUAGAACUGUGCAAACAAAAAUGCAUCAACACGGUGCACUUUGGCAAUAAUGGUGAUAUAUUUAAGCAAUAAGGUCCGAGGGGGGGUGGUAUAUGGCCAAUAUACCACAGCUAAGGGCUGUGGUAUAUUGGCAAUAUACCACAAAUACCUAAG